CGAGGGUGGAGCUUUCUGGGUCGGCCGGGAAAGGGCUGGGCUCAGCCUACAAGUGAAGGCAGGGCAGCGUUGGCGGGCGCUCCCUUGAGAAGUCCAGGUGGCGGGCACCUCCGGGCCGAUUCCCAGGAUCCCCUAAGUGGCUCUGAGCUGCCGAUCACCGGAUGCCCCAGAUUCCUGGGACCCAAUCCCGGAUUUCAGAACCUCAGGACCUUGCAAGUCCGAGCUAGGAUUUGUCCCUGGACUUUAGAUUCCUGGAACGGGACGUCAGGCCGUAUUCCGGAUACCUAGAUCCCGUGGGAGAUUCUCCGAUUCCGAACGGAUUCCAGAUCCCAAGAUUCCUGAUCUGCCGGCCCAGGCUCCUGCCCCGCCCCCGGUUCCCAGUGCGCGGCGCCCCGCGUCUGAGCGUCCCCGCAUGGCGGGGCCGUGUCCCCGGUCCGGGGCGGAGCGCGCCGGCAGCUGCUGGCAGGACCCGCUGGCCGUGGCGCUGAGCCGGGGCCGGCAGCUCGCGGCGCCCCCGGGCCGGGGCUGCGCGCGGAGCCGGCCGCUCAGCGUGGUCUACGUGCUGACCCGGGAGCCGCAGCCCGGGCUCGAGCCUCGGGAGGGAACCGAGGCGGAGCCGCUGCCCCUGCGCUGCCUGCGCGAGGCUUGCGCGCAGGUCCCCCGGCCGCGGCCGCCCCCGCAGCUGCGCAGCCUACCCUUCGGGACGCUGGAGCUAGGCGACACCGCGGCUCUGGAUGCCUUCUACAACGCGGACGUGGUGGUGCUGGAGGUGAGCAGCUCGCUGGUACAGCCCUCCCUGUUCUACCACCUUGGUGUGCGUGAGAGCUUCAGCAUGACCAACAACGUGCUCCUCUGCUCCCAGGCCGACCUCCCUGACCUUCAGGCCCUGCGGGAGGAUGUUUUCCAGAAGAACUCGGAUUGCGUUGGCAGCUACACACUGAUCCCCUAUGUGGUGACGGCCACUGGUCGGGUGCUGUGUGGUGAUGCAGGCCUUCUGCGGGGCCUGGCUGAUGGGCUGGUACAGGCUGGAGUGGGGACUGAGGCCCUGCUCACUCCCCUGGUGGGCCGGCUUGCCCGCCUGCUGGAGGCCACACCCACAGACUCUUGUGGCUAUUUCCGGGAGACCAUUCGGCGGGACAUCCGGCAGGCGCGGGAGCGGUUCAGUGGGCCACAGCUGCGGCAGGAGCUGGCUCGCCUGCAGCGGAGACUGGACAGCGUGGAGCUGCUGAGCCCCGACAUCAUCAUGAACUUGCUGCUCUCCUACCGCGAUGUGCAGGACUACUCGGCCAUCAUUGAGCUGGUGGAGACGCUGCAGGCCUUGCCCACCUGUGAUGUGGCCGAGCAGCAUAAUGUCUGCUUCCACUACACUUUCGCCCUCAACCGGAGGAACAGGCCUGGGGACCGGGCAAAGGCCCUGUCUGUGCUGCUGCCGCUGGUACAGCUUGAGGGCUCUGUGGCGCCCGAUCUGUACUGCAUGUGUGGCCGUAUCUACAAGGACAUGUUCUUCAGCUCGGGUUUCCAGGAUGCUGGGCACCGGGAGCAGGCCUAUCACUGGUAUCGCAAGGCUUUUGACGUAGAGCCCAGCCUCCACUCAGGCAUCAAUGCAGCUGUGCUCCUCAUUGCUGCCGGGCAGCACUUUGAGGAUUCCAAGGAGCUCCGGCUAAUAGGCAUGAAGCUGGGCUGCCUGCUGGCCCGCAAAGGCUGCGUGGAGAAGAUGCAGUAUUACUGGGAUGUGGGUUUCUACCUGGGAGCCCAGAUCCUCGCCAAUGACCCCACCCAGGUGGUGCUGGCUGCAGAGCAGCUGUAUAAGCUCAAUGCCCCCAUAUGGUACCUGGUGUCCGUGAUGGAGACCUUCCUGCUCUACCAGCACUUCAGGCCCACGCCAGAGCCCCCUGGAGGGCCACCACGCCGUGCCCACUUCUGGCUCCACUUCUUGCUACAGUCCUGCCAACCAUUCAAGACAGCCUGUGCCCAGGGCGACCAGUGCUUGGUGCUGGUCCUGGAGAUGAACAAGGUGCUGCUGCCUGCAAAGCUCGAGGUGCGGGGUACUGACCCAGUAAGCACAGUGACCCUGAGCCUGCUGGAGCCUGAGACCCAGGACAUUCCCUCCAGCUGGACCUUCCCAGUCGCCUCCAUAUGCGGAGUCAGCGCCUCAAAGCGCGACGAGCGCUGCUGCUUCCUCUAUGCACUCCCCCCGGCUCAGGACGUCCAGCUGUGCUUCCCCAGCGUAGGGCACUGCCAGUGGUUCUGCGGCCUGAUCCAGGCCUGGGUGACGAACCCGGAUUCCACGGCGCCCGCGGAGGAGGCGGAGGGCGUGGGGGAGAUGUUGGAGUUUGAUUAUGAGUACACGGAGACGGGCGAGCGGCUGGUGCUGGGCAAGGGCACGUAUGGGGUGGUGUACGCGGGCCGCGAUCGCCACACGAGGGUGCGCAUCGCCAUCAAGGAGAUCCCGGAGCGGGACAGCAGGUUCUCUCAGCCCCUGCAUGAAGAGAUCGCUCUUCACAGACGCCUGCGCCACAAGAACAUAGUGCGCUAUCUGGGCUCAGCUAGCCAGGGCGGCUACCUUAAGAUCUUCAUGGAGGAAGUGCCUGGAGGCAGCCUGUCCUCCUUGCUGCGGUCGGUGUGGGGACCCCUGAAGGACAACGAGAGCACCAUCAGUUUCUACACCCGCCAGAUCCUGCAGGGACUUGGCUACUUGCACGACAACCACAUCGUGCACAGGGACAUCAAAGGGGACAAUGUGCUGAUCAACACCUUCAGUGGGCUGCUCAAGAUUUCUGACUUCGGCACCUCCAAGCGGCUGGCAGGCAUCACCCCUUGCACUGAGACCUUCACAGGAACUCUGCAGUAUAUGGCCCCAGAAAUCAUUGACCAGGGCCCACGUGGGUAUGGGAAAGCAGCUGACAUCUGGUCACUGGGCUGCACUGUCAUUGAGAUGGCCACAGGUCGCCCCCCCUUCCACGAGCUAGGGAGCCCACAGGCUGCCAUGUUUCAGGUGGGUAUGUACAAGGUCCAUCCGCCAAUGCCCAGCUCUAUGUCGGCCGAGGCCCAAGCCUUUCUCCUCCGAACUUUUGAGCCAGACCCCCGCCUCCGAGCCAGCGCCCAGACACUGCUGGGGGACCCCUUCCUGCAGCCUGGGAAAAGGAGCCGCAGCCCCAGCUCCCCACGACAUGCUCCACGGCCCUCAGAUGCCCCUUCCGCCAGUCCCACUCCUUCAGCCAACUCAACCACCCAGUCUCAGACAUUCCCGUGCCCUCAGGCACCCUCUCAGCACCCACCCAGCCCCCCGAAGCGCUGCCUCAGUUAUGGGGGCACCAGCCAGCUCCGUGCGGGGUUUAUCUAUGUUCAUGCCUGUGAGGUAGGCAUAAAACUGGAGAGCCAGGAUUCAAACCCGGCAACAGAGGUGACUGGCCGGUUGCUGCCCGUCCUCAAUCAGCAGCUCGCCCUUGUGCCCAGGGUGCCCGAGGAGCCUGCGGCUGAGGAGCCUGCGUCUCCGGAGGAGAGUUCGGGGCUGAGCCUGCUGCACCAGGAGAGCAAGCGUCGGGCCAUGCUGGCCGCAGUAUUGGAGCAGGAGCUGCCAGCGCUGGCGGAGAAUCUGCACCAGGAGCAGGAGCAAGAGCAGGGGGCCCGUCUGGGCAGAAACCAUGUGGAAGAGCUGCUGCGCUGCCUCGGGGCACACAUCCACACUCCCAACCGCCGGCAGCUGGCGCAGGAGCUGCGGGCGCUGCAAGGACGGCUGAGGGCCCAGGGCCUUGGGCCUGCGCUUCUGCACAGACCGCUGUUUGCCUUCCCGGAUGCGGUGAAGCAGAUCCUCCGCAAGCGCCAGAUCCGUCCGCACUGGAUGUUCGUUCUGGACUCACUGCUCAGCCGUGCUGUGCGGGCAGCCCUGGCUGUGCUAGGCCCGGAGGUGGAGAAGGAGGCGGUCUCACCGAGGUCAGAGGAGCUGAGUAAAGAAGGGGACUCCCAGCAGAACCCAGGCCAGCAGAGCCCGCUUCCAGUGGAGCCUGAGCAGGGCCCCGCUCCUCUGAUGGUGCAGCUGAGCCUCUUGAGGGCAGAGACUGAUCGGCUGCGCGAAGUCCUGGCGGGGAAGGAACGGGAGUACCAGGCCCUGGUGCAGCGGGCUCUACAGCGGCUGAAUGAGGAAGCCCGGACCUAUGCCCUGGCCCCAGAGCCUCCAACUGCUCUUUCAACGGACCAGGGCCUGGUGCAGUGGCUACAGGAACUGAAUGUGGAUUCAGGCACCAUCCAAAUGCUGUUGAACCAUAGCUUCACCCUCCACACCCUGCUCACCUAUGCCACUCGAGAUGACCUCAUCUACACCCGCAUCAGGGGAGGGAUGGUAUGCCGCAUCUGGAGGGCCAUCUUGGCACAGCGAGCAGGAUCCACACCAGUCACCCCUGGACCCUGAGAGCUGAAUGAGGGCAUCAUAGGCCAGACAGGCCCAAGGAUGGAUGAAUGGAGAGGACAAAGGCAGCUUCUGACACACCAGCCCCAGGACCUGGGGCGACUGGAGGAAGCCAGGCGAGUGGGGCCCAGGACUGGUUCCAGUGAGAAACCAACCACAGGCACCCAAGCACUACCAGACAAAGCGUAUUAAACAGAACACUUUUGAACCUU